AGGAACAGAGGGUGUCAGAGAGCUGAAGGUUGCCUCUGUACAGUUUGUCAUCUCAGCCCAGCUACUGACCAACAAUAACCAAACAUGGAUGAUAUUUAUAAGGCAGCAGUUGAACAGCUGACAGAAGAACAAAAAAAUGAAUUCAAGGCUGCUUUUGACAUCUUUGUCCUUGGUGCAGAGGACGGGUGCAUCAGCACAAAGGAGCUGGGAAAAGUUAUGAGAAUGCUGGGGCAGAAUCCUACUCCCGAGGAGCUACAGGAGAUGAUUGAUGAAGUAGAUGAAGAUGGCAGUGGCACUGUAGAUUUUGAUGAGUUCUUAGUUAUGAUGGUCAGGUGUAUGAAAGAUGACAGCAAAGGAAAAUCAGAAGAGGAGCUUUCAGAUCUCUUCAGAAUGUUUGAUAAAAAUGCAGAUGGAUACAUAGACCUGGAUGAACUAAAGCUCAUGUUGCAGGCUACAGGAGAAACCAUCACUGAAGAUGACAUUGAAGAACUGAUGAAGGAUGGAGACAAAAAUAAUGACGGCAAGAUUGACUAUGACGAGUUCCUGGAGUUCAUGAAAGGUGUUGAGUAAACCUCAGCUAUGGAUGGGAACAACCUCCUCUUUUGGACAUCUCCAGUUUUCUCUUACACCAUUUCAUCAGUUUUGUUUCCCUUGCUGAUUUCAUGAAGGCAUGUAGCAAACUUGGUGGACUGAACAUUGAUGAAAACAUGAGCCAUUUCACCUUAAGUGCCUCAAAUCGUCACUCUGGGGAUAUUUAUUGAGUCAGAUUAUUGUAAUCCCUUUAUUUUUGGUCUCAAUGAUGAUAAUGGGUUACACUAGUCCUCAUGAAAAAUAUGCUAUGUCGCAACAGCUAAGGCUUGAACAACAAUUGAGAUUCUUUAACAGUGGAAUAUGCCAUCUCUUCCCUCUUGUACAUCAUCUCCAGCUGUUUUCAUGUGAUAUGUAAAAAUACUAAGUGUACAAAAAUAAAAUAAAUUCUUUUUGAAAUGCUAAUAAAAUAAUUUAAAGACUAGAAUGGCUGUUUGGCUCAAGGAAUCCCGACUUAGUGGCUGCAAAGCACAGCUAUCAAAAGAAGCUCAGUUCCUGUUGGAGUUUAUAUUGCAUUUGGGAUGGUAUACCAUGGCAUGGUAUACCAACUAAAAGUUUGUCUUAUUUUAAAAUGGGCAAACUGACCAUCUUCCGCACUGUCUAGUACACCCAU